GGGAGAUCUGCCGAUCAAAAAGGUAGAAGAAAGGGGACAAGGAGCUGUUCCAAGAGGCACGUAUAUAUCACAGGCUUCUUUACCCCGGCGAUGACACAGCUCGGCCAAUCCAUCGCGCUCCUGCUCGAACACUUUUGGACCUGGAUCUUCACCAUGAUCGGGCUCUCCCCCACGGCCGGUCAGAUCGUGCACGUCCUGCCCACCCAGGCCGUCAAGCUGGCCGUCAGGGGAAUCGGUGCGGGCAAGUCGAGUAAAGCGAUGGGGAACGGGGAAAAGCCUACGAACGGGGAGGCUGUCGUGUCGAACGGACAUGCGGGAUCCGAACCGCUGGGCAAGUUCAUCCUCGAGCGGUGUCCCAGCUUGAAGGGGUCGUUCAAUCCGUCAUGGUGGAUUAAGAGCGGUCACCUUCAGACGAUGUACUGCGUCGUAGGCAACUUCAACAUUGUAGACAAGGUGGUCUACGAGCGGACUUUGCUGCGAGUCCGGGAUGGAGGGACGAUUGCAGUGGACAUCACCCCUCCUAACCAUAAAGACCUCCCGCCUGACGCUCCCACGAUCAUCGUAGCCCACGGUCUCACAGGCGGGUCACAUGAAUCCUACGUUCGAAACGUCCUGGAAUGGGUCGUGCGUCCGAAAAGCCAAGGUGGACUUGGUGGACGGGGAGUCGUCGCUAAUUAUCGAGGAUGCGCCGGAGCUCCCCUGACGAGUCAACAAGCAUACUCGGCCCUAUAUACGGGCGACUAUAACACCGUCGUCCACCAGACGGCGGCUUCCUUCCCUUCCUCGCCCCUCAUCGGUUUAGGGUUCUCUUUAGGCGCAGGGGUAUUGGCAAGGUACAUGGGAGAACAGGGAGAGGGUUGUUUGUUAAAGGGAGGGAUCUCCUUGGGAUGUCCGUGGGAUAUCCCGGCCAUGUCGACAGUGCUCGAGACCGGUUGGUUCUCAUCCCGCGUCUACUCGUCCUCGAUGGGUCAAAACCUAGCUCGCACGGUCGGUCGUCACAUUGCCCCUCGCGAGUUCCUCUCCAAGGCCGAACUCGCCAAACUCCCCGUCUUGCCUACGGAGCAGUACGAUCUCGCCACUCCUUACGGCGAAUUGGCAGACGAGGUCGUCAGGCUGAAACGCAAGGGCCGGCACCUGCGUCUGAGAGAGUUUGACGAGUUGAUCACUAGCAAACUUGGAGGUUUGAGGAAGGAGGACGGAGGGGUGUUCCCGUUCAAGGGAGCGGACGAUUAUUAUGCGCAUGCCAGUUCGAAGGCGUUUAUCGGGAAGGUAAAGAGGCCGUUGUUGGGGAUCAACGCGUUUGACGAUCCCAUCAUCCACGGAUCUGCCCUGCCGAUCGAAGAGGUCACGAAGUCGAGUCACGUCAUGCUCGCCGUCACCGCUCACGGGGGUCAUCUCGGCUGGUUCGACGGACCCCUAUUCGCCCGGACGAAGAAGGUCAAAACGGCAGACGACCAGGUCGAACGGGUCCGAGCGUAUCCUCAACAACGGUGGAUCGCUAAGCCGGUCCGCGAGUUCAUCACGGCCAUCGUUGACGAGCUGGAUUAUGAUACGUUGGCUCCCGAAAAGGGACCUGUUUUCGAGCACAAGGACGACGGCUGGACCUGGGUCAAGGAUAGCGAGGCGCAGGUGUACGGACCUGUCGUGUGGAAGGUGAUAGAAAGCGGCGGAGCCGUUCAGGGUAGUAACGACUCGGGAGUACUCGCAGGGUUAUAGAUGCAGACUGAGAGCAUAUAGAUGGAUCAACUUGGAACAUCGCAUGAUUGUAGCUGGCAUAGUUUGUCAACGCCAUUGAUUUUCAGGCGCGGCUUCUGGU